GCCGGGCGCGCCGGGGGUGGGUCCCUCUCCCCAGGCCGGCUUUGCGUGGAAGAAGAGGGCGGGGACCGGCGCGGGGAGGAGAGCGGAGGAGGAGAAGGGGGCAUGACUCGUGCAACUUGCGGCGGGCAUCUGCCGAGCCUCUGAGCCGGCGGCGGCCCGGGGCCCGGAUUGCGGCCGCGCGGAUCCCACCCAGCCCACCCCGCCCCGGCCGACGGCUGAGGCUGACCUGGAUCCUCCGAGAACCCGCCGGCCGGCAGGGAUCGCCUUCGUCUUCCGGGCUGCUUUUUGGAGAGCGAGGAGCGCUCUCCUCGCGGCUCCCCUCUCCGGACCCCCGGACCCCGAUGGCUCGGAUGGGGCUUGCGGGCGCCGCUGGACGCUGGUGGGGACUCGCUUUAGGUUUGACCGCCUUCUUUCUCCCAGGUGCCCACACCCAGGUGGUCCAGGUGAACGACUCCAUGUAUGGUUUCAUCGGCACAGAUGUGGUGCUGCACUGCAGCUUCGCCAACCCUCUGCCUGGCGUGAAGAUCACCCAGGUCACAUGGCAGAAGGCCACCAAUGGCUCCAAGCAGAACGUGGCCAUCUACAACCCCGCCAUGGGCGUCUCGGUGCUGGCCCCCUACCGGGAGCGCGUGGAGUUCCUGCGACCCUCCUUCACUGACGGCACCAUCCGCCUCUCCCGCCUGGAGCUGGAGGAUGAGGGCGUCUACAUCUGCGAGUUUGCCACCUUCCCUGCGGGCAAUCGAGAGAGCCAGCUCAACCUCACUGUGAUGGCCAAACCCACCAACUGGAUAGAGGGCACCCAGGCGGUGCUUCGAGCCAAGAAAGGGAAGGAUGACAAGGUCCUGGUGGCCACCUGCACCUCGGCCAAUGGGAAGCCUCCCAGUGUGGUGUCCUGGGAAACGCACCUGAAGGGCGAGGCAGAGUACCAGGAGAUCCGGAACCCCAAUGGCACAGUGACUGUCAUCAGCCGCUACCGCCUGGUGCCCAGCCGGGAAGACCACCAGCAGUCCCUGGCCUGCAUCGUCAACUACCACAUGGACCGCUUCCGGGAGAGCCUCACCCUCAAUGUGCAGUAUGAGCCCGAGGUGACCAUCAAGGGGUUUGAUGGGAACUGGUACCUGCAGCGAAUGGAUGUGAAGCUGACGUGCAAAGCUGAUGCCAACCCCCCAGCCACCGAGUACCACUGGACCACGCUGAAUGGCUCCCUCCCCAAGGGUGUGGAGGCCCAGAAUAGAACUCUCUUCUUCAGGGGACCUAUCAACUACAGCAUGGCAGGAACCUACAUCUGUGAGGCCACCAACCCCAUCGGUACCCGCUCGGGCCAGGUGGAGGUCAAUAUCACAGAGUUCCCCUACACCCCGUCUCCUCCCGAACACGGGCGGCGUGCAGGGCAGGUGCCCACGGCCAUCAUUGGGGGCGUGGUGGGCAGCAUCCUGCUGGUGCUAUUUGUGGUCGGCGGGAUCGUGGUGGCACUGCGCCGGCGCCGUCACACCUUCAAGGGUGACUACAGCACCAAGAAGCACGUAUACGGCAAUGGCUACAGCAAGGCGGGCAUCCCCCAGCACCACCCGCCCAUGGCCCAGAACCUGCAGUACCCCGAGGACUCGGACGACGAGAAGAAAGCCGGUCCCCUGGGUGGAAGCAGCUACGAGGAGGAAGAGGAGGAGGAGGGCGGAGGGGGUGAGCGCAAGGUGGGUGGCCCCCACCCCAAAUACGACGAGGAUGCCAAGCGGCCCUACUUCACAGUGGAUGAGGCAGAGGCCCGUCAGGAUGGCUACGGGGACCGGACUCUGGGCUACCAGUACGACCCUGAGCAGCUGGACUUGGCCGAGAACAUGGUUUCUCAGAACGACGGGUCUUUCAUUUCCAAGAAGGAGUGGUACGUGUAGCCCCCCUCUCCAGAGCCUCCGCCCCAGCCCCCACCCGCACGCCCCCUGCCCACCCCCCACCACCCACUCCUCCAGGAGCUCGCCAGAGACUCACCCAGCUGCCCAAAGCUGGCCCCCAGCUCCUGGGGCACCAGGGAGCCCAGGACGCCCGCCCAGGCUUUUUCUUGGUUCCCUCCCAUCCCCUGUGUCCCCCAUGGUGUUGUGUUCACUGUGGCUUCGGUGUUGCUGAUCCCUUUCUCCCCUGACCCCACCUGCCACCCUCUGCGGGAGCCCCAUUUUCUCGUCUUGUGUACCCGGGCGUGCCCCCAGGGCUUGGGGAGCCAGCCCUCCCCCGCCCCCAACACUGGAAUUUGUGUGUGUCCCCUCCUUGCGGGCGGAGGGCUGAAGGGGCUCCAAGAGGAAAAGCCCCACCCCUGCCGUCCCCAGACCCCCGAUGCUGCUCCUUUUUCCCCAGGAGAGGGAACCUGGCACACCCCCACCCCCAAUCCCACCAUGAGCUGACGCAGUGGGAGUUUGGACCCCCAGUCUAGGCAGCCUUUGCACCCAAGAGGUAGAGGGUGGGAGGGGUGGCUUUUCCAAAGCAGCCAGGGUUGUCCAUGUUUGUUAAGUGAAUCAAGUUGAGGUCCCCACCCUGGGCCUUGAGCAGCGUGAUUUCCUGGCAGGGUUGGUGUUGCAUUUUUUUUCCUCACUGGCCUCCAGAGUUUCGUUGGCUCGGUUCUGGUGUGCCUGCUCCCACAGAGCGGGUCACCAGGUAGACCUGGCCCACGUGACUUCCCGUACCUCUGCCAACAUGUCCACACACCUACAUGCACAUAAACGCCACUCGUGUCUACCCCUGUGCUCCCCCUGGGGUCACAUGCCUUACCCAGGCUGGACACUGCCCAAGGUCACCUCGCUGUUCCACCUCUUCCCCCUUCCUUCCCGCUGAGGAUGGGGACAGCCUUCCGAAGCUUCCAGGGAUAUAGCUGAGAUGAGGCCCCUCGGCGCCUCCACCCUCGGGUCUCACUCAGGCUGGCCCUGAACUGCUUCUUACAGCAUGGAAGUUUCUCCGAUUUCUCCCUUCCCUGUCAAGUGCUAGCAGCUCUUGAUUCUCUCCGGGAGUCAGAGCUGGGAGCCCAGGAGGGAAUUACCUCCGGGAGUGCCAGGCACAGGAGUGUCCACAGGAAGGGCAUCGGAGAAGGAAGCUGGCACAGGGGAAGCGGGCGGAGUCCGCUGAGACUCCGGAGCGUCAUCGGUGUCAGUGUAGAGGUUCCAGGCCUGCCGGGAAGUGGGGAAGUGCUAUGAGAGCAGGUGGCCGUGGAUCCUGAGUCAGAAGCUCCUGCUUGGCACCCUCCCAUCCUGCUCAGCUCUCCCUGGUCUCCAUUCCGGAUUGGGGCUGCGGGGGGACCGUGGAGAAGCUUUCCCUUUGAAUCGUCCAUUCCCUUCUUGAACGGGGCCCUGGGGGCCUGUCGGUCACCCAAGACUGAUGGUUUUCCCGUCUGGACUGUGGAGGAAGGCCCCUCCCAGCUCUCACUCAGCUCCCCCAGCUCAAAGUGCCUCAGUUCCUCCAUCUGCCCACCCCAGCCCUCCAGCACUCUAGAUGGGAAAGACCCUGGGAUGGGAGAGGCAGGUUCAGGCCUGCCCAUUAGGAUUCUGGUUAACUCAGCCCAGGGUGCAGGGGCUCUGUGGGAUGGCAAGUGUUGAGGGGAGGGAGGCAGACCACUCUGUGCCCCACGGGCACCAACCUACCCUACCAUGGGCUUCCCAAGGGAGCCCCCAGCCCCCGCCCUACUCCUCCCCUCCCUGGUGCUGCUGUUGAACCCCCAGCCAGCUCCAUCUCUGCCCUGGCAACCCUGGACCCACUAGCUGGGCGACCCUCCUCUCCCAGCCCCCACUGCCCUAGCCCCAGCCCAGACCACCCAGUAGCCACGUAGCAGAAGUCUGAAGCCAUGCCAGCCCUGGGGCAGAUCUCCCCUCUCUUGGCAUUGGGGGUACUGGAUGGGGUGGAGUUGGGAGAAAAUUCUGGGGUCUUUCUAGCCACAGGGCAGAGGGGGAUGGAGGAGCUGGGCUGCAUCUCCCAGCAGUGUUAGUGUCCGCCCCCCUCCCCCCUCCCAGGGCAGAGGACCUUUUCCAUGUCACAUCACUGCCCCAUCCCACCUCACACCACUCUGGUCCCUCUGCUUGGUCCCCUCGCCCGCCCCCAGGCAGGAGGCAAUCCCAGGGGCUUGCCUGAUGGAGGCAUUCUCUGUCCCCUUGAAGACUGAAAGGACUCCUCCUCUUGUGUGUCCCUUAUCCUGCACUGCCACCCCUCUUCUUUAUUAUGUGAUGGACUUAGGAGGCCCCCGGGGCCUAGCCAAAGCACUGAGUCCCCCCCCUUAAGACACCUCCAUGCCCUCUCCUCCAGCAAAGCACAAAUCGUGGGGUCCAAGCCCCAUGCAUGGGCCACUUGGAAGGCUCCUGCCUUGUGAGGGCCCCCAUCAGCAGGGCAGCUGCUACCCCGGGGCUGAGAGUGGACCUGAGGCGGGGGUCGGCACUUGGGUGUGGGGAGACAGGGUCUUCUGUGGCCCAAGUUUGUGGGGCAGUGCUACUGCUGGGCCACAGCCGGCUGGCAACGUGGAGGUCCUGCCCAGCGGCCAGAUGAGGACAUCUUGCUUCUCCUCCGAGCCCCCAGCAUGAGCUGAGCUUCUGCCUUUGCUGGAAAUGAAAUAAACUUGGUCUUCAUUGUG